UUGGCAUUAUGAACACUGAAGUAAAGGCACUUUCGUUCAUCUUUAUGUAUUUUGUAAAAUUACAUUAUUUGUACAUAUUGUGUGUUUCCACGCACAAUGUGUAGUUAAAAGAGUACACGUUUGAAGCUAAACGAUUGAGCUAGCAUAGCAUCUCGCGCGAGUUAGCGUCCGAGACCCAACAAUUAGGUGGAUUAUUUCCGUCUGAUAACGUUUAAAACUCUCGGAUUUGUCAUCGCAGAUGUCGAUUUAUCAAAGCCAUUACUCGACUCCAAAUCACAGUCUAAAGGACCACAAUGGACUUUUUCUUUGAAGAAGAACCAGACUCAAACCCCAACCAGAACGAAGGACGUGAUAAGGACCCACGUAUGUUACAAGUAGAAAACGCAGAGGCCAUUUUGAGCAGGGAGGAUGACGUUGAAGAGAAUUUCAGCUCAAACGACAUCAGCAGAAGAGUUCAGGAACUGGUGGAGAAGAUUCACGACCGCCGCACCAAUGACCAGAAAGAAAUUGAAAGCUUUCAGCAGAUUAUCGUGGAUAAGGUUACGGAGGUGUGCCAGCAAAUGAAGCAGGACAUGUACAAUGUCUAUGAAGAGAACAGCAGUGAGAUGCAGGUGAAGCUGCUGGAGUUGACCGAUGUGCUGGAAACGUGCACCAGGCUCCACACCGAGCUUCUGAAAGCCAGCCAUGUGCUGGCCAGCCUUCAAGAGGGCCUCACCGUCAGUUGCACAGCAGAACCCAUGUCAGAGUAGAUCAGAUUUUUGUUCACAAAGUGAUUGUUUCACUCAAGUUCUUGCUUCCGCUUUUCAGAGAUGGUGUUAUAGACUUGGAGUAGUAUUUCAGUCCAAAGUAAUAGAGCCCACUUUUAGUUCCCGUUUCAUUAUGAGUAUUGUGUAAGCAGAGUUCAGUGCAAAAAUUAAUGAGACCACACCGUGUAGGAUAGCAGUUUUAUUGGUGCUUUUCACAAGAACAUCAGCCAUCCUCAUUUUGCAUCAUUUAAAGUUGUAUUAAAACAUGACAAAAUAAAACGCAGCUCUUAAUUUAUAAUGAAAACAACAUGCAACCCCCCCUCCACCCCAAAUAAACUACAGUAUUUGUGUUCUGGCAUUAUAACUGGAAAAUAGUUUAUAAAGUACCUAACUUGAACCCAAUGCGGUUGUGUAUUGCAUAGCAGAAACAAAUGAACGUGAAUACAGCGUGUCCCAAAAAUCACCAUAUUCUUCCUUUAUCCCAUUUUGUUUUUGGUAUCAUUCCGACAGACAGGAGACCAUCAGCAUUUGGCAGCUUAGGCUUUGCAGUUUUUGCAAGCAUGUCAUUCAUUCCAUUGCCCAUGGCUGGCCAUUUGACAUUGGAGCCGUGUUGGAAAAGUGCUGCCCACCAAUAAGUUUUUCCCAUCCUCAGAGCCAGUUUAAGCUUCAUGGUGUCACACUACUCCAACACAUUGUACAAUGUAUGCUAUACAUGGCACGUUUCUCUAAACAGCAUCUGUUUUGACAACCAUGCAGUGGAAGGCCUGCUACUACUACCACUUAUAAAAACACCAAACUCCUCUAACGCAGGCUUUUACAAAGCCGGGUAAUGUCUAGAGGCUGCAUUGGAACUCAUAAUAAUAAUAAAAAAGCUUCAUUUAGCAGAUGCUUCGAAGAUUAAUAAAGCGUUACCCGUCCCGGCUUCAGGUUGUAGAUCCUUAUAAUAUUCUGCUUGAAGCCUUUGCAUGAACACCUGCUCUAGAGGUUCAGUUUCAUUAGCGUCGAUCGUAGCAGGCCUUCCGAUGCAUGGCUGUCAACAACACAUCUUGUUUUGACAAACGUGCCAUGGAUCGCAUACAUUUUACUACACGCUGGAGCAGUGUGAUGCCAUGAAUCUUAAACUGGCGCUUAACUUGCAGUCAGGACAGAAAAACCUCUUGCCAGGCAUCAAUUUAGCAACGCUGCUCCAGUGGCACUAUGCUUACAAAAAUGGCAAAGCCGAAGCUGUCAAAUGCUGAUGGCCUCAUGUCUGUUCGAAUGAUAUCUGAAAUGAAAAAGAACCCCCCCCCCCCCCGAAAAAAAAAGUGUGUUGUCACUUUUGGGACACCCUGUAUUCAUAAUAUAAUCCACAAACUAAAACACCUGCAAAGAUGAUAAUAAAGUGCUCCAGUUUCUACAGCUAAUAUUCCCUUGUAAGUAUUCUCAUUCAACCUCUCAAAACUACUUUUCAACUGUAAAAGAUUGAAGUCCAGUAAUAGCUCUGCCCAGGAUCAAGGCGUGGAUAUCAUGGGUUCCUAGCGAUGGACAAAACAUAAUAACAGAACACUGCGUUUAACACCAGACAAUAAACAUUCAGUAGUAAAACACACUGCUGACCUCUAGUGGUGGAUGGACAUAGCUGCGGUUAAUAGGAUAGUAAUGUACCAUAUUUCCUCACAGUCGCUCAUUACUAACUACAGAGCGGGACAGAUAUCCAUUUAUUUUAGGGAGGAGGCCAUUUUAUAAUGUAGUAAAACAUUAAUUAAAAACUUCUACCACUUAUCCUGUUCAGGGUCACUGGUCAGCUCCCAUCUGAUUUAUGGCAAGAAACAGGUUACACCCUGGACUGGUCGCCAGUCAACAUGGGGCACAUUUUAUAAUAAUUAUUUGAAUAAUAUUAGUAGAAUAAUGUAUCGGAUACUGCGAUUAGCUGGCAACCAGUUCAGGGUGUACCCCGCCGCUCACCUGAAGAUAGCUGGGAUAGGCUCCAGCAUGCCCGCGACCCUAGUUAGGAUAAGUGGUACAGAAAAUGGAUGGAUAGGAUGCAAUCUAUGUGUCAAGUGAAACCAGUGUUUCAAAAUAAACUAUGGAGAAAUGGAACCUUGGCAAACUGCACAGAGGAAGGCCAGGGCGGAAAUAAUCUGAAGGCACUCAGCUUCGUGGAACAAAACACUACCAAGCGACCACAGAGACAAUUGGACCUCUAAGCGCACAGAGUAAGUAAUCAUGUUAUUCAUAUAUACAUACAUUCACACUUAUUACCCGUUUGUUUUUCUUGAGGUUAAAAUCAACUGUCCAUUUGAGGGAUAUUAUGUGCUUUCACUGAGUCUUUUGUGUGUGUGUGUGUGUGUGUGUGUAAUCAGUAAGUGACUUACCUUCAUACGUGUUAACAGCCUCAAGGUUCAUGACAUGGCGGAUGAUGUGGUAUUCAUCUGCGAUUCCAUUCCCUCCCAGCAUGUCUCUGGCUUGUCUUGCUAUAUCUAAAGCUUUGCCACAGCUAUUCCUCUUCAGCAUGGAAAUCAUUUCUGGAGCUGCUCUAUUUGGAUGACAACAAGAGCAUAUUGGGAAGUGGCUUUUAAAAAACCUUGCCAUAUGAUCAACAUGAGAUAACUAGAAUUUACACCGAUCUGAUCGGUAUCGGCCAAUAAUUAGCAUUUUAUGCUGAUCGGCUUUAAUGUCGUAAUUCGCCGAUGGCUCUGCAAAAGACAUUUACUCCACAUCGCUGUCUUGUACAGUAUAUUUGAAUCCAAAAGCUAGUUUAUUUUUAGCUUUGUUCGAAUGUCUUUGACGUAGUACUGUAAAUAUCUGACUGCCAAUAAAGUUAUUUUAAAAAAAACAUGUCAGCGGUGUGGGACAAGACGUAAUGCCUGGAUCAGACGACGAGACAAAUUUGUUCUUGCACGAUUGCACUAUGUCAGACUAAUGCAAUAAAAUCUUGUAAUCUUGCAUUCUGAUACCACCUUGGUCUUUUACGAUCACUGGGCUUUAUCUGGUCAACUCGAACGCGACCGGAUACACACGUUACCUUGGCGACGACGACGACAAUGGAUCGUGCAUGUAUUGUGUUGGUCAAAAAAGAAUUUAAAAAAAUUUAAAAAAUGGGGGAAAACGUGUGGUGGUGCUAGUCACCGAAGAUGUUCAUUCAAGGAUUGCUUAAGGUAUGCCCACAUACUUUUACAACGAUAAGGCUCGGAAGCAGGCAACAAACGUAGUACGUGACGUAGCCCUUGGCGACGACGACGACAAUGGAUCGUACAUGUAUUGUGUUGGUCAAAAAAGAAUAAAAAAAAAAAGAAAAUGGGGAAAAACGUGUGGUGGUGCUAGUCACCGAAGAUGUUCAUUCAAGGAUUGCUUAAGGUAUGCUCAAAUACUUAUAAAACGAUAAGGCUCGGAAGCAGGCAACAAACAUAGUACGUGACGUAGCCUUGUAACGGUUGUACGUAAAUAUGCCGCCGUUCUGUCGAAUCAUGCUCUAAAGUUUCGGUAUGUGUGAAGUAAUUUAAUUACAAUAAAGUAAUUUAAUUACAGUAAGCACCCAUUAUUUCUGUCAUGUAAUGUUGGUUUGGCCUGACUGAUUACGACUGAUUACAUGACCUGAUGAGAAUAUAUUUGAAGAUACUCAUUAUACAGUACACAAGUAUAUACAGUAAAUGUAUAUACUUGUACUCCUUUAAAUAGACACAUUGCUCCAUCUCUCGCUGAUCGGUUAUCGUUUUUUUAAACUCGCUGAUCAGUGAUCGGCCCCCAAAAUCCUGAUUGUGGAAAGGCUCGAGAUAACUUACUUCUUCUCAUCAAUAAGUCUUCCCAGGGACAAACACGACUGCAGCCCAAUGGUAAUCUCUGUCAACAUGUCAGCCA